UGUCUUCUUGCGGUUUCGUCCCACUGUCAAGUCUGCUAGCUAGCUACCUCUGGAGCAUCCUACUGGGGCUCAUUGUUCUAGGAGUAGUAUUAUUAGUAUUAGCUUAUUACAAAGAAUGAGAAGAGUUACGCUUUUUGUGAACGGGACGUCCAAAAAUGGCAAGGUUGUAGCUGUGUAUGGGACCUUGGCCGACCUGUUAUCUGUAGCAAGCAAUAAGUUGGGAAUCAAAGCCUGUAAUUUAUACAAUGGAAAAGGUGGUCUUAUAGAUGACAUAGCGCUCAUCAGGGAUGAUGAUGUUUUGUAUGUCUCAGAGGGAGACCCCUUUUUUGACCCACAGAAUGAUGUCAGGGCUACAGACGAUCGGCCUGGGGCACACACCGAUUGGCUGACGCUUAAUAUUGGAGGGCGUCUCUUCACCACCACACGGAGCACCUUGGUCAGCAAGGAGCCGGAGAGCAUGCUCGCUCACAUGUUUCGGGAGAAGGAUGUAUGGGGUAACAAGCAGGAUGAAUGUGGGGCUUACCUUAUUGAUCGCAGCCCAGAAUACUUCGAGCCUAUUCUUAAUUACCUGCGACAUGGCCAGCUCAUUAUCAAUGAAGGAAUCAAUUUGCUUGGGGUUUUGGAGGAGGCCCGUUUCUUUGGAAUUGAGCUGCUUGCUGAGCAGUUGGAAGUAGCAAUAAAGAAUAACCAGCCACCUGAGGACCACUCUCCCAUCUCUCGCAAGGAGUUUGUUCGGUUUCUGCUGGCUACACCCACCAAAUCAGAGCUCCGCUGUCAGGGACUUAAUUUCAGUGGUGCUGAUCUCUCUCGCCUCGACUUGCGCUACAUCAACUUCAAGAUGGCCAACCUGAGUCGCUGCAACCUGACACAUGCCAACCUAUGCUCUUCAAACCUGGAGCGCGCUGACCUCUCUGGGGCCAACCUCGAUGGUGCUAACUUGCAGGGUGUGAAGAUGCUCUGUUCAAAUGCUGAGGGGGCGUCUCUCAAAGGAUGCAAUUUUGAGGACCCAUCUGGACUAAAGGCCAACUUAGAGGGUGCCAAUCUGAAAGGGGUUGACAUGGAGGGAAGUCAGAUGACGGGAAUUAACCUGCGUGUGGCCACUCUCAAAAAUGCUAAGCUGAAGAACUGUAACCUGCGGGGUGCCACUUUGGCAGGAACCGAUCUUGAGAACUGUGAUCUGUCUGGCUGCGACCUACAAGAGGCCAACUUGAGAGGGUCCAAUGUGAAGGGGGCCAUUUUUGAAGAGAUGCUGACUGCAUUGCACAUGUCUCAGAGUGUUAGAUAACUCUCCUGCACAAUCCACCUGGGUUCAGGCUGGUUAAUCUCAUGGAUGCCUGGCAACGGUCUUCAUUUGCCAGCCAAUUCCACCCACCCCUACUAUCAAGCUUCUUGGACCCUUAUGCAAUACAGGUAGUUUUCUGUACAUCCCUGGCAUUCCAGCUCAUAUACUAGCUUUAAAUAAUUUGCACUAGAGCACAUUCAGGGAUAUUUGUUUCCGUUAUGUAGUGGAAGCUUUUACGUGUCUCUCUCUUUCCUUAUUUUUCCCCAAAACCAAAAUAUUUAAUGUUUUUAUGUAUGUUUACUAUUAUGUCUGGAUUCAAUCCUACCUUAUUACUAUUCUUUUUAAUUCUGGAUGUAUACACACUUUCUUGAUUAUUUAACGCAAUGUUUCUGAAAGUCAAAGAUUAUCAAACUAUAAGUGCAUGAAGGUUUUAAGUAACAAUAUAAGGGCCUCAAUCAAGACUGUGGCAUAGCAGAAGUGGGAGGUGGCAUGGUGUGACUGUACAUUCUUAUCAAUGUACUUAGUUUUAUGCCAGAUAUGCUUUAUGAUUAGGAGAAUGUUAAUUUUCUAAGCCAAAGCCAUACCGUAGCAUGAUCAAAAUGGCAAAAUAGUUUGUUGUUAUUGCACCACCUAAUUAUGCUGUGGAUUUUCUUAUAAUACUGUGGCUGUUGAAACAGUAUUCAACAGAAUUUCAAGUAUGCAAUGUACUCUUCCUUGAAUAUCACUGAAGUCAAAAGCUGCCUGUCGUUUUGUUUGGAUGUUCUCUGUGAAUCUACCUCCUUAUUUUUUUUACCCCUUUCUGAUGUAUCUCUAGUUGCAUGCAUUUCACAGUGGUUUUUGCUUCUUGUAUGAAAUCCAUUAUUCAUCAUAUCCAAAUAUGAUAAGCAAAUAAUCAAAGUGAAUAAGAUGUUUUUUUAAUAGUGUUACUGUCAUGUUCAAGCUUGUGGAUCACCUAGUUGUACGAGGAAGAUAGUUGUAUAACAACACUCCCCUCACAAUGAAUUGCAUAUAAUUCAAUCAUGUUUUGAAAUUAUACUUUGCACAAAUCUGUCUUAAAUUAAAAAUGUUGUUCACCGUCUUCUGUUAUACUCACUCGCAGGUCACCAACAAGUAGAAUGUGGUUCUUGUAACAAUGUUUUUUUUUUUUUUUUAUCCAGUGCUUCCAAAACGUGUAAAUUAUUAGGAUAGCAAAACAUUAUCACUGCUGGACUGUGAUUUUAACAAUCUCAUGUCAGUUUGUUUAAGAAAAUGUCUGCAUGUUUAAAGACUGUAUUUUACCAGUCUUCGACUGGUGAAUUUCCUCUAGGUGUAUCUUUUUGAGAUGCAAUAUUCUCUCUCUAUACUCUAUUCCACAGUAGGUACUCUUCUGUCGCAAUAAUGAAGGCAAUCAUAAAGAAUAUUGCACCUUGAGUGUGGAGAUCGUCAAUAUCAGAACCUUGUAGAAAAGAACAAUGGUUAUUUAUUUUGAUAUAACAUAUUGAAUAAAUAUGGAAUGAAAGUUAGUUAAAGACUGGGUGUGUUUCUCUUCCUCCCCUGUCUAUAAUUAUUGCACUCAAGCACAAAAUUGUAUUUCAAUAAAUUACUGUUC